ACCAGUUCAAAAUGGUUUGUAUUUGUAUUUUGGUUAUUGUUGUCAUUCUUUGUAUGUUUUGUGAUAUAAGUUACGUCAUCAGAACAUGCUUUACCGUGAUCAGUGGACGACUUUACCAAAGAAAAUAUUCCUUAAGUGACGUUACAGUUAUUUACGGAUUAUGUACAUUUCAAGACUGUGACAUUUUCUUCAAAGGCAUACGCUUAGCGAGACUGGUUCGUGAAAUUGACUUUGCAAGAUAUCACUUUUAUGACAGAACCGGUAUUUAUUUAAGAAGUAAGCAAUUAGGAAUAAAGUCCUUACAAGGAUCUACACUUACGGUAUAUGUCGAUUCGGUUCCUUUAUUCGUGCCGUAUAAAAUAACCACUAAGUUUGUGUACUGGGACGAGAGGUCUUUGUUCUUUGAACAUGAAGUUGUAACAUUAUUUGAUAGAAAAAUACGACAUUUGUUGGUAUCUCGUCAAUAUGCAAUUGGCAAAGAUAAGCAGACGACUGCUAGUCUUUUAAAAGACCUGCAAGGAUUAAAAUUGAAACCAAAAUGUCCUCAAUACAUACAGGAUUGGUUGAAAAGCAUGGAAAUAUCUAGUGCGAAGUUAAGGAACGCAUAAAAGAGUUUAUAGUUUGUUUCUUUGUUUUAGAAGUAAUAAAAUACAUGUUUAAUAUUGUUUUUAUUUUUAUUUCAGACAAUUUAUAUAUUUAAAUUGUUACAAAACACC